UAUUAUUAACUUGGAAAUCACUCCCGAGCAAAAGAGGAGUCUGGUGACCCUGAUGAAGCAGUAUGCGCGCGCUGGCCUCGAAGUUUACCAACAUCAGGAGAUUCAGUCUCUCCUUCUACUCCCACAGAAUUAUGAUGGAGGAUGAAAUCAGGCCAAUCAGGUAGCCACAGCGGAGGUUGACUCCCAAUCUGGAAGCAGUGGUCGAGGCCGAGAUUAUCAAGAUGAUGGGCGAAUGGAUCAUCUUCGCCAUCUUUGACAGCCAGUGGGUCAGUCCCACUUAGGUGGUCCCAAAGAAAGGCGGGAUGACUAUUGUCCCCAAUUAGUAAAUCAUGCUCCCAUUUAUUGAUCAUAUGCUGGAGAGGCUGGCGGGCAACAAGUUCUACUAUUUCCUGGAUUGCAUGUCCGGGUACUUCCAGAUCUUGAUAGCACCGGAGGAUCAGGCGAAGACCACUUUCACCUGCCCCCUUCACCACCUUUGCAUAUCGGUGGAUUCCUUUGGUCUCUGGAAUGCAUCAGCGACCUUACAAAGAUGUAUGAUGGCGAUCUUCGACCGAAUGUUUGGAGAGAUUGUGGAAGUCUUCUUGGAUGAAUUCUCGGUUUAUGAAGACUCAUUCUCUCACUAUCUCCGUAACCUGGAACUUGUCUUGAAGAGGUGUGAGGAGACGAACUUUGCACUCAUCUGAUAUAAGUGUUACUUCAUGAUUUGGGAAGGGAUUGUGCUCAUGACUCACUCCGAAUACCACAAUAAAUCCAUGCCUAAGGUCCAUGUAUAAACCUUACUCGGGUGCAGUAUAGGAUUAAAUUUUUGGUUCUACAUUUGCAUAUCAUGUCUUGUGUAGCUUCUGUGGAUUCUGAGUAUAUCAUCAUUCAGAAAAAAAAGACCAGAUAAGUCAGAGCCAACCCGAGCUGAAGUUUAUAUUGCAAGCCAUGUACGUCGCGAUGGGAAGCCGUUGAAUGAUAAAGUUGCUAAAGUAAU